AUGGCAGACCAGAGCUCCAAGCACCAGGCUUCCUUGCAGGUGGACAAGGACAACAACCUGGUGCUUGCAGGGUACACCUACAGCUCUCUCGACGGGCACAGCAACGCCGGCUGGGAGGACGUUUUCCUUAUGAGCUUCACAAACAUCGGCACCUGGCGAUGGACAACCCAGCGUGGAGGUUCAGGCUCUGACGUCGCAUUCGCUUUGCAGGUGGACCAGAACAACAACCUGGUGGUUGCAGGCGCAACCGGAAGCUCUCUCGACGGGCACAGCAACGCCGGCGAGGACGACGUUUUCCUUAUGAGCUUCACAAACACCGGCACCUGGCGAUGGACAACCCAGCGUGGAGGUUCAAGCUUUGACAAGGCAUACGCUUUGCAGGUGGACCGGGACAACAACCUGGUGGUUGCAGGGCGAACCGCGAGCUCUCUCGACGGGCACAGCAACGCCGGCGAUUACGACGUUUUCCUUAUGAGCUUCACAAACACCGGCACCUGGCGAUGGACAACCCAGCGUGGAGGCCCAUAUCCCGAUUGCGUAAACGCUUUGCAGGUGGACAAGGACAACAACCUGGUGGUUGCAGGGUACACCUACAGCUCUCUCGACAGGCACAGCAACGCCGGGCUGGCAAGUCCCGACGUUUUCCUUAUGAGCUUCACAAACACCGGCACCUGGCGAUGGACAACCCAGCGGAGUGGAGGUUCAGGGGCUGACAAGGCAUACGCUUUGCAGGUGGAUCAGGACAACAACCUGGUGGUUGCAGGGUACACCGGGAAUUCUCUCGACGGGCACAGCAACGCCGGCGAGGACGACGUUUUCCUUAUGAGCUUCACAAACACCGGCACCUGGCGAUGGACAACCCAGCGUGGAGGUUCAGGGGAUGACAGCGCAUACGCUUUGCAGGUGGACCAGAACAACAACCUGGUGGUUGCAGGCGCAACCGGAAGCUCUCUGGACGGGCACAGCAACGCCGGCUUUUCGGACGUUUUCCUUAUGAGCUUCACAAACACCGGCACCUGGCGAUGGACAACCCAGCGUGGAGGCUCAAGUUAUGACAGCGCAAACGCUUUGCAGGUGGACAAGGACAACAACCUGGUGGUUGCAGGGCACACCUACAGCUCUCUCGACGGGCACAGCAACGCCGGCUAUUCCGACGUUUUCCUUAUGAGCUUCACAAACACCGGCACCUGGCGAUGGACAACCCAGCGUGGAGGUUCAGGCGAGGACCGCGCAGACGCUUUGCAGGUGGACAAGGACAACAACCUGGUGGUUGCAGGGCACACCUCCAGCUCUCUCGACGGGCACAGCCACGCCGGAAGUUGGGACAUUUUCCUUAUGAGCUUCACAGACACCGGCACCUGGCGAUGGACAACCCAGCGUGGAGGUUCAGGUGAUGACCGCGCAGACGCUUUGCAGGUGGACAAGGACAACAACCUGGUGGUUGCAGGGCACACCUCCAGCUCUCUCGACGGCCACAGCAACGCCGGAAGUUCGGACGUUUUCCUUAUGAGCUUCACAAACACCGGCACCUGGCGAUGGACAGCCCAGCGUGGAGGUUCAGGCGAGGACCGCGCAGACGCUUUGCAGGUGGACAAGGACAACAACCUGGUGGUUGCAGGGCACACCUCCAGCUCUCUCGACGGGCACUUCAACGCCGGAAGUUCGGACGUUUUCCUUAUGAGCUUCACAGACACCGGCACCUGGCGAUGGACAACCCAGCUUCGAGGUUUAUGGAUGGAAGAAGCAGGCGCUUUGCAGGUUGACCAGGACAACAACCUGGUGGUUGCAGGGCGCACCUACAGCAUUCUCGACUACAGCAACGCCGGCUUUACGAACGGUUCCGACGUUUUCCUUAUGAGCUUCACAAACACCGGCACCUGGCGAUGGACAGCCCAGCGUGGAGGUUCAGGCUUUGACUACGCACGGGCUUUGCAGGUGGACAAGGACAACAACCUGGUGGUUGCAGGGCACACCUCCAGCUCUCUCGACGGGCACAGCAACGCCGGAAGUUCGGACGUUUUCCUUAUGAGCUUCACAGACACCGGCACCUGGCGAUGGACAACCCAGCGUGGAGGUUUAUGGAUGGAAGAAGCAUGCGCUUUGCAGGUGGACAAGGACAACAACCUGGUGGUUGCAGGGCACACUAGAAGCUCCUCUCUCGACGGGCACAGCAACGCCGGCGAUUACGACAUUUUCCUUAUGAGCUUCGAGGUGAACAUCUCCAUCGUGCUGCCACCAGACUUGAUCGGUACAGUUCAGGGGGAGGUCCUGAACGUGUCUCUGCGGGUAGCUCUGGACCUGAUCGACCAGGACGAGUCGAGUCGAGUUGAAAGCACAUCCGUCGGAAAUGUCGCAGCCGCAGAGAUCGUGCCAAUUGCGAAUCCAACGCAGACGCAGAUGGAGCUGAACUUCAGGCUGUCUGCCAAUGCGACUUCGAACACCACAGUGCUCGUACCAUCAUCGAUUCUGCCGGCUGGCAGCAGACUCUUUAUAGUCGUCACAGAGGUUGCGCCAGAGUUCUCGCAGCUGCUGCCUACCUCCGGACUAGUGAAUAACCCCCAGGCCCAUGUCACCUCGCCACUAUUGGUGCUGUCCUUGGCGCGAACGGCGGAAGCUUCUGCAAACCGCCUCGAGUUGCUGGACGUCACAACGGGGGCCGAUGACCCCAUCUUCUUUAUAAUGGCUGCACGCGACCCGAAAGCCGGGGAGAGGUGUGUGUGGUAUGAUGCGGCAGCAGGGAUGUGGUCCGAUGCUGGCCUGCAGUUGGUUUUCAACUACCAGCUGGACCAGAAGGUGUGGUGCGCCACGACACACACAUCCGUCUUCGCAUUGAUGGCGCUGUCUGAGACAGUGGAGACAGUGGAGACAGUGUCUCAGGGUGGCAAUGAUGUGCUGCUGGUAAUACUCGUACUCGUUGCAGCGGCAUCCAUUGCCAUCAGCGGCAUCGUUGUGCUUGCCAUGAUCAGGAGAAGGACGGCGCCCCAAAGCGAAGAGGCGCCCUGGCAGUACAGCCUGAAGAAGGACGAGGAUCUGAUUCAGCUUUUGACAGACUCGGAUGUCAGGUUGGUUCCUGGCAAAUACUUCUUACAUGUUCGAGACGAAGAAGGACUGCUGCGACGGAGAGAUGAUCCCGAUUGCAAAGCCGAUUUCAUCGAUGAUCCAGGAAAUUUGCGCCGUAUAUUUGUAGUUUCGCACCCAUGGGAAUCGACAGACCAUGCGGAUCCAUGGGGGGAUCAGUUGCGCUUGCUUUGUGAUUUCGUGGAGACAGAGGGCGCCCAAGAUGAUGCAUUUUUCUAUGAUUUCACGUCGCUGAAGCGCAGCCCCAACGAGCUGUGCCUGAGCCACAUUCACAUCCUCUUCGCUCAUCAGAAGACAGAAGUGCUCUUAAUCAAGAAGUUGGCACCCGACUGCACGCCUAUUUCUGCCUCUGGUGGUCAAGAGUUAGGCGCAGCGCCAUGCAUUUAUGACUCAAAGCACGAGAGGUGGAGGCAUGUAGAUCCAUCACGGCUGGCGAAGAACACAUGUGCCUAUGACGAACGCGGUUGGUGCGCCGCAGAAGCACAGUGGGCAUACCUGUCUGGCAAGCGUCCCCGAGUCCUUGACACAGACAAGCAUAUCAAUCACAUGAGUUUCUUGCACCCUUCGUCCUUUGAGAGCCUGCUCUUCACGAGAGCCCCAGAUGCUAAACGCGUCGCUCAGAUGAGCCGAGCCUUAAAUCAGCUGCUUUGCCCAAAGAAGGAGGAGGAGAUCCUGACAACAUGCAAGCCCGAUGAAUUGUGCGUCUUUGCAUAUCUGCUACAAUUCUCGAGUUCAACCAAUAUGGUGACCUUGCGACAAUGCGAAGUGGACAGCAGGAGCUUGCACAUGAUCAUGGAUGCAAUUGGCUCCGAAACGGCGGAUUCCCUAGUGCGGAGCCUCAAGAUGGAAGACUGCAACCUGAGCAAGGAGCUCGCUGCAGAGGUGGCAGAGGCCGUGCAGUCCAAUAGUUGCCUCACGUCCGUGGAGAUCCACGAUGAAAAAAUGGGCUUCGAGUUGGUGGAGGCCUUCAAGAGAUUGGACAGCAUCUCUGAUGUGUCGGCCUGGAACUUGACGCAAAGUGAAAAUGGAAAUUGCGUCCAACUCCGGAAGCGCCAGGAUGACAUUCCGCACUAUGACCUGAAGGAGAAGGAAGACCUGCACAACUUCAUCAAGGACGCCGAUAUCAAACUAGUCCGGGGAGACUUCUUUCAAAAGGCGAGCCGCGAAGAUUGGCCACUUCCCAGGAGGCAAGAGGCCGAGGAGAGCUUCUUUAUCAGGCCAGAGGAUGCGACUCGCAUCAUUGUAAUCUCCCACACGUGGGAGUCGAAGCAGCAUGCGGAUCCACAUGGCUACCAGACGAAGGUGUUGGCCGACUUUGUGAACGAGAGGAGCUAUGAGAAAGCUGGGUUUUUCUUUGAUAUGAUGUCCACCUAUCAAUGGCCACGUAAAGGCCGUCGGCAGCAAAUUGCCUUCGAGAGGUGCAUGGCAAACAUGGCCGUCCUUUAUGCACACAGUACAACUACGGUGGUGCGCAUUGAGGAACUCACCCCACCAAAAAGUAUGAGAGGUGCGAAUUUUCAAGUCAAAGUCUAUGAUGUCCAGGAGCAGAAGGUUAGACUCAUUCCGCUACGGAAGCUCGAGCCAAACAGCGUCCCCUAUUCCGAUAGGGGAUGGUGCUGCGCGGAGAAACAGUGGUCUGCGAUGCACGACAAGGCUACUUUGGUGAUACCCCACCAGGAAGGGGUCAGACAUGGUGUCGGACCCAUGCCUCCACAAGACUUUCAGCGAGAAUGCACAGGUCGCUUGCGCUUCACCCAUCGUGCAGACACAGCGAGCGUCAUGCGGCUGCAGGAGACCAUGUUCCUGGAAGUUGCAGCGCAGUGCCGCCAGCUUUUCAAGGCCGAUCUUCCGUCCGGUGAAAUGCGAUGGCUCAUCGCCUCCUUACCAUACUACGACAAGCUCGAGGAGCUGGAGCUGAUCAACUGCGAGAUCGACGAGAAGGUCAUGGCUCCACUGAUGGAAAGGCUUGGAAGCAGCAAAUCGCCAGUGAGGACCCUCAAAUUGGAAGAUUGCGAGGUCUCAAAGGCAACCCUUGUGCAGCUGAACAAGGCCCUGCUCUCCAACCAGAGUCUCAAAUCCGUGUGCGUUAACGGCAAGGGACUGCCCGACAACACAGAGCUGAAGCAAGAGGUGUCGCGGGCUGGGGCCGAACGAUUGAUCCAGUGUACAGGUCAGGAAGAGAGCAUUGCAUCAGAAUCAUCAGAAGAUGAUGCCAGAUUUUUUGACCCAAAGAUGGUCCGAAUGCGCCGAUUGGCGUUCAGCACGUUGCCCAGGAGCGGUGGCGUGUCGCGCAGAGUAAACAUGAGGUGCGGUGGGAAAGAGCAAGCUUCUCGCAGAUCGACGACGUGCUAG